AUGCGACGAGGGGCCAAGGGGGGCUUCUGGAGGGCACAGACCUUGGCAUGGCUCAUGGCUCAGCUCCGAGCCGUUGCCCUCAAGCUGGGUGGGAACCCCCCAGCCUGGCACCAUGGGUUCCUCACCAUCACCCAGUUCCUCACCACUGCCCAGUUCCUCACUACCACCCAGUUCCUCACCAUCAACCGGGUGGCAGGGUGUUGUGCAUGGGUUGGUUGUGCUGUGGCCCCAGCAAGGCUGGGCUCCUGGCUCUGGGGUGAGCUGGAUUUGGACAGGGCCGGGAAACCCAAGCCGAGCCGGGCCAGGCUGGGCCAGAAGCGGCAGCACGGCAGCAGUCUGUACCACAGUAACUGCGACCUGGACUACGAUCUCUACAGGGACGAAUUCCCAUACCGGGUGUACGAGUACCAGAAGAUCCCCCCCCUCAUUAACCGCAUCCCAGUCAAGGCCAGACGAACUCAUGUGGGAGCGGGAAGCAAAAGCAGCCUGAGCCCCCAGCCCGGGGCAAGGAGCAGCACCAGCUCCACAGCGGGACGGACGAAGCUGCGGGCCGAGGAGCUGCACUCCAUCAAGGGGGAGCUGAGCCAGAUCAAGGCGCAGGUGGACAGUCUGCUGGAGAGCCUGGACCGCAUGGACCAGCGGAGAGAGCGUCUCGCGGGGUCCAAGGAGAGCGAGAAGAAGAGGGCAGAGGCAGGGGCACAGUCGCCGUCCCCAGCGGGAGAGGGGUUACGGGAACCCCGGGGCAAGGAGGGGACGGGAGCUGACGGGCACAGCGACCUGCGCAACAUCGACAGCACCGAGGAGAGCACAGACACGGAGGAGACGGUGAGAAACCACAUGUUGGACCCCGAGGGGAACCAGUAGACAGAAGGGGGUGCCGUGGCCCCCCCGCGCGGCCAGCCCUUCCUGUCUUGUGUUCGUAUUUCUUUUGAGGCUUCCAGCCAGCGCCACGCACGACAUGAGGUGCCCGCUCUUGGCACAGCCAUUCCCUGCUGCUGGCGCCGGCAGCCCCACGUCCCACCCCGGCGAGAUGCCGGCCAGCCGUAGCGAGAGGAGUCUUUGUGUUCGAGUGUGCUUGUUUUCUUUUUCCUCCUGUUUUCAGACCUAGGGAUAAGCAGACGUGGCCAAGAGGAGUGGGGGAGGAGCAA